CUAGUUUGAAAAUGCUGGACAAAAAACUGUUUGAGCUGAUUGUCAAGGACAUGCAGCCAUUUUACAUCGCUGAUGAUGCUGGAUUCAGGGGUUUUCUCCAGGCACUAGACCCUCGAUAUCAACUGCCUUCCAGACAAACUGUUGUCAGGCUCAUAGAGGGGCAGUAUGAAGAGACCAAAGCAGCCCUGAUGAGGGCACUGGAGGUAUUUAGCGACAACAAUGCAGUUGUCAUUCAGUAUUUCAGCUUUCUUGUUUACUGAUGUAUUCUGUAAUUAGUUUUUUGCUUUUUGAGUGGGCACUUAUUUAUAUCCACUGCUGUUAUAUAAAAUAAAUCUUGAAGUACCUAUUGAAUUAAUUUCCUUCCAGGUUCACAGAACGCCAUACCUCGGAUGCCAUCAGUGUGUCUUGAUGGCAUAAUUCAGAGUUGGGGGACUAGUGGCAAAGGUGUAGAGUGCUGUCACUGACAAUGGUGCCAACAUGGUUGCUGCGAUUCGCAAGCUCAGCCUGCGACAUAUGCCAUACUUUGCCCACACACUGAAUUUAAUUUUAAAGGACAGCGUGGCAGCAGUUGCUGAUCUGGAAGAAAUCAGAUGGAAGGUCAAAAAAUUAAUGUGCUAUUUCAGAACCAGCACCGUUGCUAAGGAAAAUCUGCCAGCUUUGCAACAUGAUAUGAAGCAGCAGGAGCUGAAAUUAAUUCAGGAGGUGGAAACCAGGUGGAACUCCACAUUUCUGAUGUUGGAGCAUUUCCUGGCAGUCAAGGAUCCUGUCUCAGCUGCCAUGUCAUCCCUGGAUGCAUCCCUCCCGGUGAUCUUUCACCAGGACUGGACGGCCAUGGAUGAGGCAAUAAAGAGUUUGAAGCCCUUCUUUGUGGUGACAGAGAUGUCGGCUGAGAAACAUGUAACGGCAUACAACUUGGUAGGUGAUCUGAACAGAUCGAUUAGGAAGAGAUGUGAAGCCCACGAGUCAAGGAGGUGAGAAUUAUUUGACUUGUAAUAACAUGGUCAAACAACGUGAUAUUUUGGGCUUUCAAGCAGCAUUGAUGACAAGUAAAUAAAUGCUGUACGCACUAUUUUUCCCUCUUGUUUUCCUGUCUAUUACAGCUUUCUUGGCACUGCAAUUCUUAAAUUCUCACAUGUUCUAUUAUUAAAGUACUAUUCAUAUGGUAUAAUGUAUAAGUCUUGUUCAAUAUAU